AUGUGUGCAGUGACUGGCUGGGAGAGCGCCGGUUCUGAGGAGCUGGAGGGAACGGUGGGACUGGUGGCCCUGGACGUCCUGCGCAUCACCAGCCGCUCGCGCCACAACCGCGCCCUGCUGCUGCAUCUGGGCGUCCUCCCUGGCCUGGCAUGCCUCAUGAAGGUGGCGAUCUCGCGCCUGCACGCCCUGGCCGACAAAGACAGCGGCGGCGCAGCGCUCUGGUUCCUGCAGUGCCUGCUGGCGCACGUGGUGUCGGCCGUGGACACCUUUGUCACAGGGGAGGUUCGCGCGGUAACGGGUGCCCGGCCGGACUCCAUGGAGUUGUACCUGUCGCAGGACACGCGCUUCUGCAGCCGACAGUCCCGGGCCCCGGGGAAUGUUGAGGAGGCUGAAGCAAUGGAGAGGGCGCUGGCACCGUUGUUAGAGGAGGGCAUGCUGCAGCAGCUGCUGGACCUGCUCUGCCUGCUGCGGCUGCUGCGCUCGCGCGGCGCAGCCGUCGUCGCUCCUUGGGAAGUCCUGGUGGCAGCGGCGAUCCGGGGCAGCAAGGAGAACCUGCAGGCGAUUCAGGAUGCGGGCGGCUUUGAGCGCAUCACGCAGCUGCUGCAAUGGUCCGCGCUGACCUUCCCAAAGGCCCCUGCAGCGGACCCCUUGGUGGCAUCGCCAGAGCAGCAACAGCAGGGGAGCCUGGCUUCGCAGCCCACGUCGCCGCGCGUGCCCCGCUCGCCGUUCCCGGCCUCUCCCCGAGCGCUGGCCGAAGACUCCCAGCCCGGCCCCUCGCCGAGAGGCCUCGGCGAGAGCGCAGCCCCUUCCACGCCCGCCAGACACUUCUCAGAGCCGGAGCGGUGCAGCUCUUGGACGGGCAGGCCGCAAUUCGUGGACUUCAGGGGCGGCACAUCACUGACGCCGCCGGUGCCGCCGUGGGCGUCGGCCGGCGGAGGGGGGCCGCCGGAGCUGGGCCGCGGCAUCGAGCGGCGGCUGUCGGCCGGCGGCGAGCGCGCGGCAGCUGCCGCGAAGCUGGAGCGCCGCAGCCUUUCUGCCCGGCUCGAGCGGCGGCUAUCCGUGGGGCACCUGUACGCCAGCAGAAGCUCCGCUGACCGUAGCAGUGCCUCCUUGUCGCAGCAGGGAGGCCUCUCUGGCAAGCAGGCCGCCACCAACAGCAGCUGCAGCAGCAAAGGCCAUUCUAGCAGCUCAGGGGAAUCAGACAACCAGCGCUCAGCAGUGGCCGAAUUUUCAGGAGUCCAGGUUGUCCUGGUGCCAGACGAGGCAUUCAGGCGGGUCACAGUCACGUUCCUGCGGCGCAACAGCGCAGCAGAGGGUGAUCUCACUGCGGGCAGGGCGCGGCAGCCGCUCACGGCGGUGCUACAGCAGGAGGAGGCGGAGAGGAAGUUUAGCAGCCCAGACAGGCCCCAGGAAGAUUCUCUGGCUGUGGGGAGGCCUGAGGGGCCUCAGGUGCCAGUCAGUCCCUGGCUGGCGCAGCAGGAAGGAGAGGACGUGCUGAGGGAUCUGCGAGAAAGUGUGGUGGCUCUCACUGAGCGCGCCGCCUGCCUGGAAGGGCCCGAUGGCGCUGCUGACAACCAGCCGGAAGUGCGCAAGCUGCUGGAGCUGUUGCAAGAGCAUGCGGAGCAGGCUGAGGUUGUGCUGCUGGCGGCGCCUGCGCUGGCGCGCGUGCUGAUGGGCGCGCAGCAGGCCACCAUGGCUGCCCUCCACCACUGUGACGGCCUCUCCCUCCUCGCCGCCAUUGUGACCCGCCAGGCCCACGCCGACUCUGCCACCCGGGGGGCACUCUCUGGCGAGGCGGCAGAAGCGCAGGGCAGUAAUGAGGCCAUUAUGAAGUGGCAGGCGAGGUGCGCGGUGCUGAGUGCGCUGGCCACGUACCUGCACGCAUCGCCGUCCGUGCAGCGGGCUGCUGUGCGGAAGUGGGAGCCGGUGGCCGCCCUCUUUGGCCUGCUCUGGGACGACAGCACCCGCAAAAUUGCGCUCAGCAUGGUGGUGGGCCUGAUGCGGCUGGCGCCGGCGGACCAGGAUGAUCGGUUGGCCAAGGCGGCGCUAUUCACCAAGUACGCAGAGCUGCUGCCGGCUGCGCUGACGACCGACGGCGCCAACGCGCAGCAGCUGGUCUCCGACCUUCUGCUGGGCAUCCGCGAGGUCAUUGCCGGCAACAAGCUCGCGCACCAAAACCUCUUCAGGCAGUCGGAGUGCUUCGUGCAAGCGGUGAACCUGCUAAACUUUGACUAUGAGGGCGGCCACGGCAAUGAGGCAUCCAGGCGACGAAUGGUCAGCGAUGUGGGCUACGACCAGAUUCUGACAGCCGUCAUGCGUCAGGCGGACUAUGAUUCCACGACUGUCGAGCAGACCAUAAAGAAUGCAGAGGCUGUGCCGCUCUUCUUUCACUUCCUGCGGAUGUCAGAAGUGGUCGUGCAGACUUGGGGACUGGACGCAUUCUGGCGCCUGACCUCUGGCAGCAUGCCAAACCUGUCCGCAUGCGAAAGGUGCGGCCUGAACGCUAUCCUCAUAGAGUGGUUUGCGGCGGUGCGCGGACAGCCGGAUCUGCAGCAGCCCAUAGCUGCUCUGCUGCAAGUCACCGGCGCCUACAGCAUCUCAGGGCGCGACCUCCGGGCGAUCUUUGCGCUGCUGCGCAAGGACGGCAGCGGCCGCGUGCCCGCGCACGCCGUCGUACUGCUGCGCUCCCUGGCGGUCAUGGCGCACCAUCAGGGUCCCACCACCUUCUUCGACUUUGCCAACGAGGGCGCCGGCAUCGUUCGCAACACGCCCCUGCGCUUCCCUGGCAGCAAGGGGUACUCCUUUGCCACAUGGCUGCGGCUGGAGGAUGUGGACGGACAGCCCGGGACGGCUGGGCGCGCACUGUUCACUCUGCUGCACAAGACAGCCGAGGCCACCAGAGGGGUCACUGCUGCCUUCAAAGCGCAAGUCGGCGCGCUGCAUGCGUUGGGCCUAGAUUACCAGUCCACGUUCUCGCCACUGGAGUCGGACGCAGUACUGGAGCAGAUGCCGGCUGCAGCAGCGCUAGUGGUCGACGGCAAAGAAGCCCUCGGGCCGCGUCUCAUGAUCAGCUACAAUGCCCAGGCGGCGGCCGGGCGCAUGCUGUACAACACAGCCGACAUGGAGCGCGGCGGGGCUGGUGAUGGCGACACGGUGGCCAUUCUGGAGGGAACGCAGCUGUGCUGCACGCGCCAGCUGCGCGACCUGUUGCACUGCCUCGGCGGCGUCUCCGUCCUGCUGCCCCUCUUUGCGCAGCUCGAUGCCCCCAGCAGCGAAGAUGGGCAGGAGGCCUCGAGGGCGGUGGAUGUGGUCCGCCUGCUGGGUGCAGUCCUGGCAGACAGCCCUCACAACCGCCAGAGCAUGGUCCAGAUCUCAGGUGUGGCUCUGGUGGCGCACCUGCUGCAGCAGCGAAGCCCCAAACACCUGACGCUGGACCUGCUGCACGCGCUGGAGGCUCUGCUGAGAGCGGUGGCGCCGGCCGAGGCGCUGCACACCGCCGUGCUGCAGCGGCUGCUGCUCAACCUGCGCCUGUGGGCCGCCGCGCCGCUGCCCAUCCAGCGCAGCUUCCAGGCCCUGCUCCUCAAGCUCGCCAAGGGGGAGCCGGCCGGUGUCUCGGCGCUGCUGGGGGUGCCGCGGCUGCUGGACGCGAUGCGUGCGCAUUACGGGGGCGUUGCCUCCGCCGACGCGGCGCGGCCGCCUGCGGCCGGCGGCGGCCUGCUGCCGGCGGAGCUUCGCGCGCUUCGGCAGGGGUUGCUCAAUGCGCUGAUAGCCUUCAUAGGGGACUGCGCGGACGUGGCCACGCUGGAGGAUGUCCUGAUCGCAAUACUGGACCUGUUGCGCCACACGCCGCCCGGCCGCAUCCCUCUGCUGGCAGGCAGUGGCGGCGCACAGCUCUUCCUGUCUCUGCUGUCGCGCGAGCAGCCAGCGCUGCGCAUCCUGGGCCUCCACCUGCUCGCCUUCUUCGUGCCCUACAUGCACGCCAAAGGCGCGGAGAGCGAGGAGGCGCUGGCGGGCUUCUGGGCGGCAGUGGCGGACGCGCUGCUGAUGUUCCCUCUCACGCCCACCGUGCGCGAGUCGCUGCUACAGCUGCUGUGCGCCACCGCGGGCGGCCAGGCCGGCGGCGGCAUCGGCAUCGGGAUGCGCGGCAGCCGCUCGGGGCACGUCGUGUGGCCGGAUGCGCGCACCCCGAUCACGGCCGCGCCCGUCGUGGGCAUCCUGCUGCAGCUGCUACUGGGCUGCGACGACGCCGGGCAGCGCUCCGCCACGCUCGAGGCCCUCCACAAGCUCAUCGUGGAGGGGUCGAGGGAGAACCGUGCGGCGGUGGUGGCGCAGGAGGGCUGGGAGCAGUGGCUGCUGGAGCUGCUGCUGGACGGAUCCCCCUGCAUCCCAUGCGGCGCAACACAGGGGUCACCAGAGCGGCUUGCGCCGGGCAGUGCGGAGGAUGAGGCGCAUGCUCCCUGGGUGGCGUAUGCUGACAGGGGAGUGGUUGACGGCUGGGGCCUGAUGCACUCCCUGCUGGCGGAUGUGGUGGAUGACAUUGUGGGCGCAGCCAGCAGCGAGGCCAACAGCGCAGCCGCGGCAGAGCGCGACGCGUGGACGCUCAUCGCCUCCCUGUCUACCGAGCUGGCCCGUGACAACUGCAUGGAGGCGGUCGCCUGGGCGGAGGGCGGUGUCGAGCUGGUGCCUGUCGAAGCCUGGCCUAUCCUGGGCGUUCCUGGAGCCAGCGCAGAAACAUCCCUGGUAAUAUUCUGA